UGUUCUGAUUCUUUUAGGUAUAAACUUCUAACUGGAUAGUUCCUAGUCUAAACUUUGUAGUCGCAAUGACUCAUUCAUCAGAUGAUGAGCUUGGCUCAGAAUCAAGUGAAGAGCCAUAUAUGGAGAGGGAAAAUCUCACAGUUCAACAGACAGAUCAACUCAUUCAGUUCCAGGAAAUCUCAGGUGUGCAAGAUUUGGAGCACUGCAGAGCCAUUCUUGAACGCCAUGGCUGGAAUAUUGAGAGUGCUGUCCAAGACCAUUUGAGUUCCAGUGAUAGUCCAGUCUCAAGCAGGUCUCCAGUGGUGAUUCCAGAUGGAUUACCAACUCCAUCAUUAUCCAUGACUCUAGCCCCUCCACGAGGGGCUGGAUUCUUGGGCUGGACAUACUAUGUGAUCAUGCUUCCUUUUCGUCUAUGCACAUGGACACUGCAGCUGAUGAUUCAUUACCUCUUCUUCAAUUUCACUCGGACAAAUAGAAGAAUUCUGGAAUCCAUCCAGCUCUUCAUGUCAAGACCACCUCAGAAACAGAGGGCCAGCCCUGAUCAGGAUUUCCUUGUUGCAACUGCUGAGCUUCAAUGUGCAGUUGGAGGUAUUGCAGACUGCAGACCCCCAAGGCCAUCUGGUAUGGGGAAGGAUGAGGAAGAAAAUGCAAACUCAUCAAAAAGCAUGGAAUCUACUCAGCCUAUUCAGGAACCAGCCUUAGAAGAUACUUGGCAGAGGGAAGUUGAAAUUGAUGCAUGCUUUUUGAAUGAGAAUGCAAGUCCUAUUGCUCUGCCACACUUCCCACUGAGAAUUGGAGGAGUGACAGAUCCAGUGGGAGAUGUGAACAGCUGGAUCCAGGCAUUUGAAUCCCAAUAUGGGAUGAGGCACCCACGCUUCUUCCGAGGGAGCUACAGACAGGCACUUGAUGAAGCAAAACGUGAUCUCAAAUUCCUUCUUGUUUAUCUCCACUCAGAGGACCACCAACAUACACGCAAGUUUGUUGUUGAAACACUCUGCAAUGAGAAUGUGAUAGAAUUCCUGGACAACAAUGUCCUCCUCUGGGGUUGUUCAGUAAAGCUUGGAGAAGGAUACAAUGUGAGUCAGAUUAUGAGGGAAAGCACUUACCCAUUCCUGGCUCUUGUGUGCCUCAAAGAUGGUCAGAUGACCAUUGUUGAAAGGUUGCAGGGGCCGAAUGGACCAGAAGAAUUACUCACACAUCUUGCUGCAGCAAUGGCUAGAAAUGAAAGCCUUCUGGCCACUGCCCGGGCUCAUCGAGAGGAACUCAAUGCAAAUAGAGCACUUAGAGCUGCUCAAGAUGCUGCCUACAUGGAAUCCCUCGCUCGUGACAUGGAGAGGCAGCGUGAAAGGCAGGAACAACAGGAGAAGCUAGAGCGUGAAGAACAAGAGAAGAGGGAAAAAAUCCAAGCUGAACAGCGGAAGAAGGAGAUGAUCCAGCAGCAGAAAGUGGACUUGGCAGACCAGGUUCCAGCAGAGCCAAGUGAAGAUGCACCAGACUCAGUGACACUUAAUAUCCUCCUUCCCUGUGGAAGACGGCUCAAGAGACGUUUUUCAGUCCAUGAUUCCCUUGCUGGUUUGUACUAUUUCAUCUUCUGCCACCCGGACAGUCCAGAAGAGUUUGAAGUGGCCACCAGUUACCCAAAGCGAAUCAUCCCCUGUGCACCAGUUGAAGUCCAUACUUUUGAAGAUGUUGGACUCACGGCUAGCCAGGCCCUUCGUGUUACUGACCUGAACGCAUGAGGCACUGUCCGAGUUUACUCGUAGAAGUGAAAGCAGUGAAAAUAGCUGCAGAAGAAGCCUCUACUACACCAGAUAUAAGUAUGAGCCUGGAUUGAAGAAAUAGAAGAUCCAGCCUGUGUCUGAUGUCCUCCUUUCUGUUCUUUCCUUCCCCCCCUUGAUCUGCCAGUCUCCUCAAGUGAAUAUAUAUUGGUUUGAAAUCUAAUACAGUGAAAGAGGACAUAAUCUGGUGUUGCUUGAUUGCUUGUUUUUCCUCGUAAGAGGC